AGCCACGUUGGAUCGAAUCGAUUUGUUUUGUGGUGUCGGCGCACCCAGUGGUCCCAUAGCUCCAGCCCGAUCCUGCAGGUUGAACCAUCAUGCUCAGCACGACGAUGCCUCGGACUGAAGGUUGCGACAGGUGGCUCUCCACUGAUCCUCGGUGCAGCUCCAGGGUUCCAGACGCCCGCGCCGUGGCGGUAUUCUCCACCCAGCCGACCAGCACGCCGCGCAUCAGGCAGCCGCCGCACUGGGGCGCAAUGCCUGCGCCGUCGCCGCCCCGGCGAGCGGCGCAGGCGCCGCCACCGGUUCUGCACCCUCCGCCAGGGUUGGAGGGCUUCUGCGGCGUUGGCAGCGGCAAGAGCGGGCCCCCUGGCAUUUUGCUGCCACCUCGCCGGCCGCCCCCGGGCCUCUGGUUGACUGGCGACCACCACAGAGUUCGCGAGCCCACCGCUACCCCUGAGAGCGUAUCUACCGAAGCGAGCUGCGCCGAGACCAGGGACGGCUACCCAGAGUCGGGCUCCGACUGCCCCACGGCCGACACCAGCGGGGCGCCGUCGCCGGUGCACUCGCAGGGCCUCGAUGCGCCGUGGGCGCCGCUGCUGGCAAUGCCGCCCGGCGCGGCGGCGUGGCCGCUCGCCGUCGAGCCCGGAGUGGCGCCGCGGAGCUCUCUGGAACGCCCCACGGGCGGCUCCGCGAACCCUCGCCUCGGCCCCCGCAGGCUCUGUGCGCACGAGGGCUUCCACAGCGACGCCGCCUGCCGCUCUUGCCACCCGUGCGGCCCCAGCGUCUACGAGAUCGGCCAGCGGAGCGGCGGGUGCCGUGAGGCCUGCGCCGCAGCUCUGGCGCCGCGCUGAAGGUGGGCGCCAGCGCCGACCGCGCCGUCCACGUGCUGAGGACCAGCUUGCACGGCGCGCGCGUGCGUGUGGGGCGUGCACGCGCCCGCCCCGACACUGUGCAGGCGGGCGGCAGAACAGAAGGUGCACUGGCCGCGUGAACCGUCUCCACGUGCAGCCCUCGAGGGAGGGG